AUACACAGGAACACUGCAUCAAACCAGUGCACUGCUCUGAGCGGGAUGCGUCAGCAGUACAUUCACGUUUCCAUUGAAGGACAAAAGGAGGAGGUAGAACACAGAGGUUUGACUGCCUGCAACCCUGUCACAUAAAGGGAAAAAGCGCGAGAGGAUCCUGAAUGCUGGGGAUACGACCGCCAGGCAGUCCACAGCUCACAGGCAGAGCAGGCAAACUGCCACAACUUACUACCUCAAGAAGCAGGAAUAAAAGAAUACCGCAAGAUCUUUACCGGAGCGAAGAAGUACGGAAUCCUAUUCAAGACAAGCACUCUGAAAUCGACAGCAUGUCACACAGCAAGAUCAAUUCCUCCUUUUUCUGACACUGAAGUGAGUGAGUGAGAGAGAGCAUGAGAAAGAGAGAGAGAGCAAGAACACACAAUCGCUAGAGAGAGCUUCACUGCUGCGAUGCUGCUGCCCCCCUUCCUCCCCCUUCCUGCUUGCGCACCACCACCCCCGAGCCCCCCUCCAGAGAAACUGACGGAUUAUUGCUAACUGUGCACGCGGCAGUCUGCAGCUGCUACGGCAACGAGCAGGAGAAUAGCGAGUUGAAAAAAGCAAGACGGAAUGACCGCAAUGUGCGUCCGUUGGCGUUUUUUGUGUUCGUCAGUGAACUGCUAAUCGACAGGACAAGUGUCGAUGGGGGAUGAACAACAGCGUGUUAGUCUAUAACAGGCAGGAAGGAAUAUCUGUAAAAGACUUGGGAUUCCAGUCCCAACACUAUUGCUUUUUCUUCUUCUUUUUCUGCGCUACUUGCAGUUUGGAAAUGGAGUCUUGUGAAAAAUGUUCAGCUGUAUGCAGCGUCGGCUUCCAAGGACAAUCAAUGGGGGAGCUGAGAGGAGAUCUUUUUCAAUCUGACUGGAUCCGUGCACCUGCUUAGCUCAAUGGGCCUUACCUCUUGAAUCAGUUUAUUUAAACGUUGCAUCCCUCUGGAAUUCAAAGGAGCCAUUUUGGCACGUCUAUUCACAGUCCAGUUUACUUUUUUUUGAAAAAUGUUGUACUGAUCUUAUUGAACAUUGUCAGUGUUAUGCAAAUUAAAAAGGGACAUUCAACAGAGAACUAAUGAUUACCAUACUGCACUGUCAAUGGAAAACAGAAGCAGUGUCUUGCUCAAGCCAGGGUAGGGCCACUGUUCUCCGUUCCCGAGCCGAAUCCCCACAUGAUGUUGAAUUAUGAAUGCGCCACAUCAUGAGUCUCUUGUGGCAGGUAACUGUGCACUGGAACGCAGCCCUGCUCUGUGCAGUCUACCUCAUGGUGCGAGCGUGGAGUGUGUGCGCCACCCCCACCGGACCGCAGAACUGCCCAGCUGUAUGCUCCUGCAGUAACCAGUUCAGCAAGGUGGUGUGUACCAGGCGUGGCCUGGUCCGAGUGCCCCCUGGCAUUCCCACUAAUACACGGCACCUCAACCUCAUGGAGAACAGCAUUGAGGUAAUCCAUGCUGACACCUUUCGACACCUCCACCAUCUGGAAGUGCUGCAGCUUGGCAGGAACUCCAUCCGGCAGAUUGAGGUGGGGGCCUUCAAUGGUCUCACCAAUCUUAACACCCUGGAGCUCUUUGACAACCGGUUGACUGUAAUCCCAAGUGGCGCUUUUGAGUACUUGUCUAAGCUGCGGGAAUUAUGGCUCAGGAACAACCCUAUUGAAAGCAUACCGUCUUAUGCAUUCAACCGUGUCCCCUCCCUCAUGCGGCUGGAUUUAGGAGAACUGAAAAAACUGGAGUAUAUCUCUGAGGGUGCUUUCGAAGGAUUAUACAACUUGAAAUACCUAAACCUUGGAAUGUGUAAUCUGCGGGAGAUGCCUGUCCUCACCCCAUUGGUGGGGCUAGAGGAACUAGAGAUGUCAGAAAACUACUUUCCGGACAUCAAACCUGGAUCCUUUCGGGGUCUGAAAUCCUUGAAAAAGCUCUGGAUUAUGAACUCCAAAAUCACCACCAUGGAGAGAAAUGCAUUUGAUGAUGUCACAGCCUUGGUUGAACUCAACCUGGCCCAUAAUAACCUUAGCUCUUUGCCCCAUGACCUUUUUGCACCCUUGAGUUACCUGGUAGAGCUGCACUUGCACCAUAACCCAUGGCGGUGUGACUGUGAUGUGGUGUGGCUGGCUUGGUGGCUAAGAGAGUACAUCCCUACCAACUCCACGUGUUGUGGCCGCUGCCAUAGCCCUGCCCACCUGCGAGGACGCUACCUAGUGGAGGUGGACCAGACUACGUUUCAGUGCUCUGCUCCUUUCAUCCUGGAUGCUCCACGGGACCUUAACAUAUCUGCAGAGCGAGUGGCUGAGUUCAAGUGUCGCACAGCUCCCAUGUCAUCUGUCAGAUGGCUUCUACCCAAUGGAACAGUUCUGACCCAUGGCUCCAAUCACCCGAGGAUAUACGUUCUCAAUGACGGAACUCUAAAUUUUUCCAAUGUUCUGCCAUCUGACACAGGUGUGUACACCUGCAUGGUGACAAACAUGGCUGGAAACUCCAAUGCAUCAGCUUACCUGAAUGUGAGUGCAGCUGAGCUCAACACUUCUGAGCACCUAAGCUAUUUCACCACAGUCACUGUGGAAAUAGUGGAGUCGACAUCAGAGGAGGUGAUUAAACCGAAGACGGUCACGGCCUCACCCUCCGUCUUCCAGCCUGUGUUUAUCUCAACUCCAACUGUGCUACUGCAGACACCAAGACAGGUUAGCGUGCCAACUAUCCGAGGAACAGUGCGCCCACCUGCCAGCUUAGACGAGGCGAUGAAGACUACAAAGAUCAUCAUUGGCUGCUUUGUUGCCAUCACGCUGCUCGCUGCGAUCAUGCUAAUUGCGUUCUACAAGCUCCGUAAACGACACCAACAGAGGAGCACGGUGGCAGCUGCCAGGACUUUAGAGAUCUUUCAGGUGGAGGAGAACGUUCCUCCUACCACAUCGGGAACAACUUUACCAGGAGAGGGUGGGAGUCUGAGAGAUCGUAACAACACCUACAAAUCCAGCUACAGCACCUACAAACCAGCACACUCUGCUUCCUGGACAGACAACAGCAUUAGCAAUUCUCUACUUCACCCUCGGCCCCUAAACAUCAGCACCAUCCAGGAAUCCUACAUGCAUAAAACUCACACCAAGGAGAAGGUACAGGAAACCCAGAUCUAACAUUCCCAUAACCUUCUCCUCCUUCUACCCUUUUUUUUCUGUUCCUCAUGAAAACAUGCAAUAGAAUGCACAAAGGAAAGACAGCGAUUACUUUUGUACCCAGUGCAAAAAUGAGACUGUUUUUCUUGUACAUGCUUAUAUAUAAAUAUAUGAAUAUAAAUAUAUAAAUUAAUCCACUAUGGGGUGAUAAGAGAAGCAGAUUAUAUAUAUAAAAAAAAAAGGAAAAAUGAAUUUAAAACUAUUUUCUAAUGUGUAACUUCUAUUUAAGACGGAAUAAUGAAGAUAAUGACAUUACACUGCAGAUGCGAAACAGAUUUGUUUGAGAAGUCUGUGGUUUUUAGACCAUGCUAGAUAAUAAUCCAGUAACAUUUCUACAUAACUGUCCCCAAAAUAAUAUUUACAAGUUUCUCUUGUAAGAGCACCAAGAAUUUGUAAUGUGCCAAAUGUUAUACAUGAAAUUUGGGUUGAAGAAUUAUAUGGACAAAACAAUGCAAGACAUAGUUGCAAAAAAAAAAGAAACGAAAAAAGAAAAAUACAAAAAAAAAAGAAAAAAAGUUCUCCUGAGUCUGCUGAGUCUCAGUAGCUAUCAGCCAAAUGGUUUUGGUCUCUUAUGUGCUUUUUUCAGUGAGUGCUUUUGCAGUUUAACUUCAUAUUUAAGGAGAAUCCCCAGUGCUGAACAAAACACCUACAGUGUUUUCAUAAGUGUUCCUGGAUACAAAUCAACAUUGAUUCUUCAUUCACUACUGGGGAUUUUUCUAUGCAGUUUGUUUUGUUUUGUAUUGAACCUGUGUCUCAGCAAGAAGCAGUGAGGUGAUCUGAUUCCUGCUUUAUUUCCCUCCUUAAUUCCCCUUAAGUCUCUUUAGGAUUUUUUUUUUUUUUUUGGUGGGGGGGAUUUGACAAAUUUACCAACAGUAGCUCUGACCAUUAUCCUCUCUGUAACUGGUCCCAAUUCUUCUAAGAUCCCAAAUGCUUUCUUAAGACUUGAGCGGCUUUUAGGGCUAAAAUAUAGUUAAAAAUGUUACAACAGUUGCCUCAGAUUAGUAGUGUAAGGGCUGAACAGGACGUUUAUUUGCAACACUGCAGAGAUAGUUGCAAUGUCACGAUGGUUUGUUGCAAGCUGUUAACAUUAUCAUGACUGCUUACGAUAUAUCUAAAUUUUUUUUUGUUUGUUUCCUUUAUCGAGAAAGGGUAUACAAAAGAAUGUUUGACUUCUAGGCUGUCCUCAAUGGUGAUCAUUCAAACAGUGAAAUUUCAUUUGUCCUUAUUUUAAGCAACACUAUUUUUAUGAGGAGUCUUCAGAGGUUACAACAAUAAAACAUUUGGUUUGUAUUUCUCUAAAGAUAACUCUUUGCUCUCGCCUUUUUUUCCCCACUUCUGUACACAGUGGUAGAAGUUGUAGAAGAAUUGUAAAUGGAAAGACAAACCGCUCUCUGUCAGACAUCAUUUUUUUUUGGGAAUGCGCCAGAUUUGCGUCUGCAGGUCCAGUGCACAGAAUUUUCAUGGCACAUUUUGCUUCUCCUUCUUCUGUGGCAAAACGGCUUGCUGGGAAGAUUCUAAUCUUUGCCAAAGCGGCGAUAGCAUAUGGUCCCGUCUAUUAAGAGUGAAUACUACGUUCAUGACACAAAGGUGCAGCACUGACAUUAAAAAAAAAAAUGUAGUCUGCUUUUCGGACACAAUAAAUACAAUGCAAUAGGCAGACUUUUGCUAGGAUCCUAUCCCCCCCCCGUCAUUAUGGCACUUAGAGCUCAGGUAACACAACUCCAUUUGAAGCACUGGACUAAUAAGGUUAAGUGCGGCUUUUAAUAUCAUCCAUUAUUGAUCUUGUUAACCUGUGCACAUAGAAAAUUAGGUAUGGAGUGCAUGUGUGUGUUACAUCAAGAAAGUGUAUGUGAAUGACAUUCAGUGCCGUUUUAUGACUCCCUUUUACAGUGUAGUCUUGUAAACUCAACAAUGCAUAUAAUUUUUCUUUUUUUUCCAACAGCGAAACUUCUAUUGCUCUAGAACAUUUUGAAUGCCUCCUUGGGCUAUUUGUUUUUUUCUUUUGUUUGUUUGUUUGUUUGUUUGUUUGUUUUUUCCUUUAGUGAGUGACCUUUAAUAUGAUUACAGUGGCUUACGUUCAUAUUAUGCUGCCUCGGCAUUUCAGGCAGAUUCUUUACAACAUUCUAUGUUGACUCUCUGUAUAUGCCGAAUAUUAAAACAUUUCUUCUGAUGCCAUGCAACGUAGAGUCUGUUUUAGGCUUGAAUGGGUGCUAAAGUGCUAUUACGCUGUACAUUUUUAGCAUGGACGGGAAAGGGGAGAGGGUGCAGUCUGUAAUCAGGGGCAGAAUGUCUUCCAAAGCUGAGCUGCAGUAACCCAACAUUAGCGUACACACACACACACACACACACACACACAGCAAUUUAUUGCCCUCUCAGGAUACUCAGGCCGUGGUACUCACACCCCUUAUGUAGUGCUGCAUCACACACAUUACACACAAACAGCUACACACCAGGCUAAUUAACCAGUCUUGCAGUUUUCACGUUAUUUACAAGAAAAUGGUGCAGCAUAGUGUCUGUGGCUGAUGAGGCUUGUAAAUUUAAUUUGUAAUAUCACGAGGAUUUGUUCUGCAUAAGUUGAUUUUACUUUCUCUCAACACUAGAAACAAUAGAACCAAGCACCAGGAAGUAGUUUCUUUUCUUUACUGGACAGUUCAUUUCGGUUUAAAGCAAGACACUGUGGGUGAAUAGGGGGGAGCACAGUAAUCAUCACAGUUGUUAUUUUUUGCUGGUUCAUUGCUGAAUAUUUUUUUUAUGCUGCUCAAAUUAAAUAUUUAUUUCUCUAUGAAAAGGCUCUCAAGAGAAAACAAAAGUCUUUCAGAGAAAGGUUUGUUGGAAAAAAAAUCAUUUCUUUAUUGUUUAAUCAAGAAUAUAGCAUGCACUGUGUACCAGGUUUGAGUCUACAAUCUAAAGUAGUAGAGUACUCACAAGUACUCUUGUGGUUAGAAACUGGAGUGAAAAGUUCAAAUUUCCUGAUUGCGGGUCAUCUCAGAUUUUCAGAGUCGUCUUAGAUUCUGAAUAUAAAAUAAAACAAAACAAUGAAGCUUGUUUUUCCACUCUGGUAAGCAUGGUUUAUGAGAAAAAUAUUGACAUGUAUAUUAUAAUGCCAUAUACAUUGACUUGUACAUCAGCAUACAAGCUCAGCAGAAAUAUAUGACAGGACAUGAUUGUGCUGAGGGGGCGGAGCUUACUCCCUCCUCUAUGUUGUUGAGCUGGAAAUAGUUGGAAUGGAGGACACACAUUUCUCUUUUUAUUCUAUUUCAUCCAAGCAAACUGAGAAACGAUUCCCAUGACCAAAACUGUCAUUUUUUUUUUUCCUGUACUGUCUUACCCUGAAUCUAAAUGUUUGAGUGACAUGUGCUUGUAGCUUCCACACAACAACAUGGCGUUUGCCUCGUGCAAUCCAUCCCUUUUAAGCUCAACAGGAGCUACCGAGUCUAGAUUGCAAGGCAAGCUUCUGCACGCUUUUGACACCCAUCAUUAUAAUGCAUGUCAGACACAAAAAGGUGAAGUGGACCCUGAAAUUCAAUAGCACAUGAACAGAGAUUCUAAUUUGGUUGCGAAUAGGCUUAAUUUGACGGUUCUGUCAGAUCUUUAAUGGGCACAGUCUGUGUGCGUGUGCUUCUAUUGUCCUGUGCGACAUCAGCUUGUGUCAUUAGGCUUAUCUUUUUGCUUGCAUUCUUCCUCUCCUUUUUUUAUGAUGCUAAUUGACUUACCAUCAUUGACUUUCCGUGUCAACACUACUGCAGCAAGGGGCUCACUUUAAGGAUGUGCGUGCUGAGGAAGGAGGCUACUAUUUGAUGGCCUCUCCAUGGGAAACUUAUCACUGGCACAAUUAUCCUGACAGAUUCGAGAAUUGCUUUUUCUUCCUUCUUUUGCAGCCUGAUAUGUUGGUUUUCUGCAGUCUGAUAGAUAAUCAUGAGGAGCGAGAUGGAGUAGGGUGGAGAGGAGCUCACAACAGAUGUUUAUCAGUUAAUGAAGUGUCUAGGUUGGGCCGGGGUGGUCUUUUUCUCUAUUUGGUGUGGACACUCUGACCGCCAUCUUGGCCAGAUCUGAUUUGACAUGUUCCAAGGACUGGCGACUGACAGAGAUGUACUGUAGGUAAAAUACAAAAAUAGGACAGCUCAUGUUUUAUUCAGUCAUACCCAGAGUUCCAUAUUGUCAUUUCAGUGAUACUUAAAUAUGCAUGAUACAUUGGUGUGACCAUUAGGAAGUAUAUCGGUUCCUUAUGAUUGAAGUUCAUUAAUUUAAUGACCCUUAAAAAGGAUUCAUAUGAUUGGCUAAGAACUCAUCACGACAAGUAUUACCGUUGCUCAAUGUAUGCAAUAAGUAAAUGAAAUUAAGUGCUGUAAUUAUAUUUUAUUAAUGUAAUUUGUUUUGCUUUAUUGCCAGUCAAAAGUACUGGGACUGUCAUGUCAAGGCAAUUUACAGUCAAUAUGACUAAUAUGAAAUUUUCAUGAAAGGGUUCAACAUAUGGUUGGGUUAGGGUUUAGGGUUAAACAUAUUUCACCACUUUUACAUUCAAGCAAGACAAGAUUUGUGAUCAUUUUUUUCCAUAUUUGUCUAACAGAGAUGUUUUUUUUUUCCCAUAGAAAAUGUUAUUCCUUUUCUAUUUCUUUUUCAUACAAACCAGCAACCAAAAGCAAAUUUACAUUUUUGGGAUAAAAAAAAAAAAAUAACCCAGCACAAACAGCAAAAUUCUUUCUAAUCAAAUUUCAAGACUGAGCAGGUUUGGAUGGAUGGAGCCAUGUGCUCUGACAGACAAGACAAAUGAAAAUGUCUUUCAAAUUUCAUUUCAGAGAAAAUGAAACAUGUUUAAUUUUAUGUGAUGUGGUUAUAGCAGUAUUCACUUGGUGCAGGUAUUACAUUAUGUGUUACACUAGAGACCAGCCAUAUGAGAUGUCCUAAUUUUAUACGUCAGCGCUUGCUCACAAGUGUACACCGUGUGGACAAAAUCAGGACUCUGAAGUAGAUCAGGUUUUAAUAGCUAUAGCAGCAGGUUUGUUUGAUAUUGAGUAACGUUCUGAGUAAUAUCACAUCGUUUCAGAUUCAUGGCAUCAAAAAUGUUCACUGCAGAAAUGUAAAAAAUGACGAGUCACAAGAUGUAUUUAUAUAUUCAUUUUUUUUCAUAUACACCUCAGCUAUAUUAAGCUUUUUAUGGUUAAAGGUAAGAGAGCGCGUGAGAGAGCAAGAGUGAGAGAGAGAGAGAGAGAGAGAGAGAGAGAGAGAGAGAGAGAUAGUGUCCUCAGAAGGACAGGAAUAUCUGACAUUUUUGACAUUCACUGUCCCCAGUGU